AUCAGAUCGCGCGAUUUCCUUCAUUACUGGCAGUAUCGUCCAACUGCCUCCAGUCUAUUGAAAAACCCAGACAUGCCUGUGCAAAUCCAAACACUCGAGCAGGCAAUCCGAGCUGCCUUUCCUGUUUCUCAUCUUGAGAUAGAGGAUCAGUCCAGCGGGUGCGGUGAAAGCUAUUCGGUACUUCUGGUCAGUGUAGCUUUUGAAGGAAAGACAACGCUUGCAAAACACAGACUUAUCAAUGAAUUGCUGAAGAAUGAAAUAGCACAAAUGCAUGCAUUCUCGCAGACUAAGCACAUCGCUUACAUCGCUUCCAGAAAACGUUUACACCAGCGCAAUACGAAGCGUACUUGGCAAAAGCCACUAAAGACAAAUAAGGCUCCGGUUACCCUAGGAGAUAGCAUUGUAAAGACAAAGGCUUUGAAAAGUGGCGACAUUCCGACAAAAAGUUUUUCUUAUGAUACUGUAGUAAAGAGAUGGCCUAUCAUAUUGACGGGAAUAAUCGAUCAUCUCCACGGCCUCAAUCAUCGUCUCACGAUGGAAUCCCAGCGACUUGGGUCUGAAGUACCCGCAUCUGCUGAGAAGAUUACCUUGGAUGAAAAGGUUUCUGAAGGUAAAGGAAUCAUAGAGAAAAUCAGUCGUUUAAAAUAUAGGAUGGCCAGGGAUCACGAACUUGAACCGAUCCCUCAAGAUGGCGAUUCGUAUGUCGAGGAAUACAACGCCGAUCUGGCCAAAUUAGCCCAGAAUGGGCAGAAUACGUGGUUUACUGCUCCUUGGCUAUAUGCUUACCGUCUCUUCCGCGCUUACUUCAAUGAGACCAAACACUGGCGCGGGUUCGAUCCAUUCUUUGCUCAGAAACAAGACAUGUUUAAAAACAGCGGAGCAGCAAUAUAUAAAAUCGCUACUUCGAUGUAUGAAUUGGAAAGUGAAAGAGAUAAGCUCAAGUCCGACCCCAGUAAACUCGGUAUACUCUUUAAAGAAAUGAUUCAGAUGUGUCUAUGGGGAAACGCUACUGAUCUUUCCCUUCUCACUCAUCUUUCUCCGUCUGACAUAGAACACCUGCAAACCGUGGGCAAAGAUGCUCAAGAAGCCAGGAAAGAGUUCAUUUUAAGGGAUGAUCAGAAUGCAGUAUGGGAGCACAUUAAGUCCCUAGAAGGCCAGGAGAAGAGAGUCGAUUUUAUCCUCGACAACGCUGGUUUUGAGUUAUUUACAGAUUUCGUUUUUGCCGACUUUUUAGUGACUUACACUCCUUAUGCGUCCAAAGCUGUCUUUCAUCCCAAGCUGAUGCCCUGGUUUGUGUCGGACGUCACUCCUGUUGACUUUUCAACGACAAUCACGUCUCUUCUUUCAACGUCAUUCUUCACCACCCUUCCAUCUGCACCGAGCCCUACCUGUCUUUCUCAUCUAGAGCGAAUGGUGACACGGUGGAAGACUUAUCUGAACGACGGGACAUUCACUUUGAGUACGGACUUGAAAGAGACCAACCCCAAAGCCAUUGCUGAAUUCUGGACUGGCCCAUGGCCCUAUUGGAAUAUGAGGGAGAGGGCCGGUACUAUCUACGACUGGCUGAGUGACAGCGGGCUCGUGAUUUUCAAGGGUGACCUUAACUACCGCAAACUUGCAGGAGACGUGAAAUGGCCUGUAUCGACGCCUUUCUCUAUGGCGCUUGGGCCAUUGGCUGGAUCGUUCCCCCUGCUUAGUCUGCGCACCAAUAAAGCGGAUGUUGCCGUUGGCAUACCCCAAGAAGUGGCAGAUGAACUUGAUGCGAAGGGAGAGAAGUGGAGGGUCAGCGGAAGAUAUGCGCUAGUCAGCUUCUCACCAAAGUGCUGAAGCUUGAAGAGAGAUUUAUGGAUGAGAACGUCUUAUGCGCGGUGAUAUACAUCAUAGAUGUGAUGUCAUAAAGUAGAUGGUUUUUCAGAGACUACAUCAGGCUCAUAGCAAACGGAACAAGUAAAAAGAAGCGUUUCAUGCCGAAAUUCAGUCGAGUGUGAAG